CUCUGCAAGUAGAAAUCCAAGACGAAAAAGAAACGAGAUUAAUGGAUUUCUCUACGAAUAGUCGCUCACCGAACUCUUGGUAUCGCAAGCCGUUCCCUUGUGAUUCCGAAAGAAGAAGCUCUGGUAAAGGAAUGAAAGACGCCGGAGAGACUGACGAAAACAGCAGGCCUUUUUUAGUAGGGAAGGAAGCCAAGAACUUAAUGACUACGGCCAUGUCUUCGGCUGCGAAGAGGAAGAUCUUGUCCGAGAAGAACAACCGUAAUCAUGACGCCCGCUUGGGAGCACAAAUGGGCUCGGAUCUUUCUUCGAGGUUCUGUCUUUGUGGGGAUCGAGAUGAAGCCUGCUCUAGUCCUUCCAACCCUGUUUCUUAUGAUCCGCUGAAGAAUUACACCUCCCCGAGGCCGCAGUUCCUACGCUAUAACCCGCAUAGGCGCCGGCAGAUUCUCAUGCGCUUCGUGGGAGAGAAGAGGGAGGAAGAUUACGGAUCGGGAGGCGACUCGAGCCUUUCUUCGGAUCCGGAGAAGCUUGAUGCAGAAGACUUGCUCCCGGCGCCUUCCAAAUCCUUACAAGAAUGCGAGAAAGAAGAAGUUAGCGACGUUGAAGAUAUCAUCAUGGGAGAGGAGGAGGAGGAGGUGGAGGAGGAGGUGGAUCAGAGGCCUGGGUGGUCUAAAUUGGCAUGGAAGAUGUUCCUCAUUGGGAUUUUGAUAUUCUCUUCUUAUUGCGUUUCUUCCAUGAGCUCAGAUUUUGAACAUGGAGAUGGGGAAGUGAACCGUCGAGCCUGUGAUCAGAACACCUUUUCUGGAAACAUGAUGGUGACUCUGAUGGGGCUGUCUAAGGUUUGCUUGGAUGUGCCUCACAAAGAAUUUACUUGUGGAAACGACGAUAACGACAGCAAUCUAUCAGAUUCAGAUGGUCUAAGAAUGCGACACUUACAAGAGAACAAAUCGCUUCAUGGAAUUGAAGUGGCAACAAGGAAAGAUGGAGGAUCGAUGCUUGAGAAUGGAAUUGGUACUGAAGAUGACUCUGUGGUCGAAGCAAUGACUGACGAGGCUGCUGAUUCCCAGUUCGCUGGGCAGCACAAAUGCAGUCUUUCUCUUCCAGAUGAAUGGAGCGAGGAGAUUCUGGGUGACACUCAUCAUGUGCCGGCUGUCUCGUCACAAGUUUCAGAGACUCAAUUUGCUGAUACCACCUCUUCAGAUGAUCAAGAUGAAAUUGUGGACCUCCGGGAGGCACCGUGGGCGGAGGGCGGCGCAGAGCUAAAUGAAUCUUUGUGGCUUCCUCGUUCCCAAAUCUUCUCAAGCCUGGUGUCAGACGAUCGAAAAAUGGACGAGAGUGAAGUCACUGAUACAGGGAAGACGGAGUUCAAAUGGGACCAUAACUUUGUGUUUGCCUCGAAGAAUGUUCGUAGGAUACUACUAUCAAUGUCUUUGCUGACGCUUACGCUGAGUACUAUCUUGUACAAGUCUUGUCUGAAGCACCAGAAGACCUCAGCGCCAGCAUCCACGCCCACCUGUGAGAUGAACAUUCAGGAUGAGGUUAUAUCUUCCAUUAGAGGGAAAGAGGAUAAGGUAAGCGAUUCAAAUGUUUGUCAUAAGCCUCUGAGUCACACAAGCAAUGAAGGAACAGAGUUAGCUGGUACUCGGCCACCGGUGGUGGAAUUGCUUGGGGAGUUCACCAUUGUUGGGAGAACUGCCCAUCCAACAGGUUCAACCCAAAGAUUCAGAGGAAGAGGAGCAGAUCCAGUUGAGGAAUCAAAGCCAGAUCAAUAUCCAACAGAUCCGUCGGAGACUACAGCGAUUAUGAACAGAAGUCCUGCCGUUCAGAGGUCACUCAUUAGGGAACAGAGUUCUUUAAGGCGCUCAGCCCGAGUCCGUAAACGGGUCACUGCACCAUGAGAUGAAGUUAACGAGGUUGUUGAUGAUGCUGAUUCUAAUGCCAGAAAUCAGAAACAGAGCAUCUUGUUGUUUCAUUUUAUGCUUCCUUCCCUAAUUUGACUCAAGAAUUAUCAAUUUCCUGUAUUGAUAUUACUGACAUGUUGAUCCAAUAAAGGUUAUUUCCCAUCAAUAUAUAACUCUGAAUGAUUCAUCGAAGAGUCUUUCGUACUCGUAU